AUGAAAGAGUAUGAACAAGGAAUAGUGAAAGAGAGAUCAGCUUUAAAAGAUUUUGCCGGUGAUUAUGUAAUAAAUGGAGAACCUGGUAUUUUUCCUUUAGAAUUUUUUCAAAAUAAGAAAUCUAUUAUCAAAAGUUUUAUCAAAAAUCAUAGAAACACAAUAGUAACAAUUGUUUUGGAAUGUAAGAUGGAAAAAAUUCAAGUAGAAAAUAAAAAAACAGUUGACAUUCAAGACAAAUCGUUUUUUAGUUCGGGUAAACUUACUAAUCUUAGAUCAACUAAUGCAAAAGAAUUGAUAACAAAAGCCAUAAAUAGAAUUAUGGAAAAUAUUAGUAGUUAUCAACGAAGUGGUAGUGGAUGGUAUUUUAAAGAAAUUAUUAAACUAUUAAUUAAAACUGUCAAAUAUGAUCCUUUGGGAGGUUCAUCCUACAUACCUCUUCCAGAUUGGAUAAUGAGAAAGAAAGCGAUUGUAAGUAUUAGAAACAAAGAUGAUAAAUGUUUCUUGUGGAGCAUACUUCGUUAUCUUCAUCCAAGAGAAAUAAAUGAUAGCCGUUUAACAGAUUUAAAACAAUAUGAGCAUGAGAUCAAAAUUCCAAAAGGAUUCGUUUUUCCGGUUAAAAUCAAAGAUAUAGCUAAAUUUGAAAAUGCUAACCCCAAUUUACCAGGCAUCAAUGUAUUCUCGGUUAAUUCUAACAAAAAGUUUUAUACUUUAAGGUUGGCUUUGAAGGACCCACAAAAUUCAAUAGAUUUAUUUCUUUAUGAAGAGGAUGGAAAAUGUCAUUACUCACUGAUUAAAAAUUUUUCCCGUCUACUAAGGUCACAGAUUACAAAAAGAACAGAUGAGCCUAUUCAUAUUUGUAAAAGAUGCCUUAAUGGUUUUACAAAAGAAAGAUUAUUACAAAGACAUAUUUUUUACUGUAAGAAAAAUGGGGCAGUUUUUAUUGUAAUGCCUAAACCAGGAAAAACGCUUUUUAAAUUUAGGAACCAUUCUAAUAAAUUUUUAAAUCCUUUUGUGGUUUAUGCGGAUUUUGAGUGUUUUACUAAACCAAUUACUACUCCUAAAUUUAAUCCAGAAGAACCAUACAAUUAUAAUUACCAAAAACAUACCCCGUCAGGAUUUUGUUUUUAUAUUAAAGGAAUUUCAGGAAAAAGAAUGAAACCAAUAGUUUAUACUAUAAAAGAGGAAGGAGAAGAUAUAGCAAAAAUAUUUGUAGAAAGAAUUGCGGAAGCAACUAGAGUUAUUUAUAAUGAUUUUUAUCGGAGACCAAAACCUCUUAUUAUCAGUCAAGAUGAAAAAAUAUUAUUUGAAGAAGCUAAAAUUUGCCAUAUUUGCGAGACAGAAUUAUUGAAAGAUAAAGUUAGAGAUCACUGCCAUUUUACAGGUCAGUACAGAGGUGCUGCUCAUAACAAGUGUAAUCUUAAUUGUAGAAAACCGAGAGUUUUACCAGUUAUAUUUCAUAAUCUUCAAGGAUAUGAUGCCCAUUUAUUUAUAAAGCAACUGGGAAGUUUACAAGGAGAAUUAAGUUGUAUUCCUUCAACUGAAGAGAAAUAUAUAUCGUUUUCUAAAAAAAUUAAAGUUGGCGAAUAUAGAUCAAAAAAAGGGGAAAUGGUUCCUAUAUAUUUUGAAAUUCGUUUCAUAGACUCUUAUAAAUUUCAACAAACAUCUCUAGAAAAACUUGUUAAAAAUCAAGAAUUCAAAGAUUUAGUAAACCUAAAAAGAGAGUUCAAACAACAUUCUGAAUUGUUUAAACGAAAAGGAGUCUAUCCCUAUGAUUAUGUUUCUUCAUUAGAUAAAUUAUCGGAAACACAACUACCACCAAAAGAAGAGUUUUAUUCAAAGCUAAAAAAUGAGCAUAUAUCCGAAGAAGAUUAUAACCAUGCUAUUCGAGUAUGGGAUGAAUUCAAUUGUAAAACAAUCAGAGAUUAUCAUGAUCUAUAUCUUAAGUCUGAUGUUAUGCUUCUUGCUGAUGUGUUUGAAAACUUCAGGAAAACUUGUAUGAAACAUUACAAUCUUGAUCCCGCCCAUUAUUAUACAACUCCUGGUCUUGCUUGGGAUGCCUGCCUUAAAGAAACGAAACAAGAACUACAUUUAUUAGAAGAUUAUGAUAUGCUAAUGAUGUUUGAAAGAGGUAUACGUGGCGGUGUGUCUCAUAUAUCCAAAAGAUAUGCUGAAGCUAAUAAUCCAUAUAUGAAAUCUUACGAUCCUGAAAAAUCAACAAAAUAUAUACAAUAUCUUGAUGCUAAUAAUCUUUAUGGUUGGGCAAUGUCACAAAAUCUUCCUACUCAUGGUUUUAAAUGGAUGAAAAAUAUUACAAAAGAUAAAGUUAUGGAAAUUCUUGAAAAAGCAAAUCAUAGCAUGUCAAAUCAUGGAAAAACAGGUUACAUUUUUGAGGUUGAUUUAGAGUAUCCAGAAAAGUUAUGGAAAACACAUAAUGACUAUCCACUAGCACCUGAAAAGAUAGAAGUAAAUAAAGUUGAAAAACUGAUUUCUCAUUUCAAACCGAGAAAAAACUAUGUAAUUCAUUAUCGGGCUUUAAGGCAGUGCCUAGAGAUGGGAUUGAAAUUAAAAGCUGUGCAUAAGGGAAUAUCAUUUAGACAAAAAUCUUGGAUGGCGCCUUAUAUUGAUAAAAAUACAAAACUAAGAAUGGAAGCUAAAAUCGGUUUUGAGAAAGACUUUUUUAAACUUAUGAAUAACUCUGUUUUUGGGAAGACGAUAGAAAAUAUUAGAAAAAGACAAAAUAUAAAAUUGGUUGAUAAUCGCAAAAAAGCUUUCAAACUUACAAAACAGCCCAACUUUGAAAGUGCGGUAAUUUUUGAUGAAAAUUUAAUUGCUGUCCAUAUGCAAAAAACAGAGGUAUAUUUUAAUAAACCUGUUUAUACAGGCCAGGCAGUGUUAGAUUUGUCCAAAACAUUGAUGUUUGAUUUCCAUUACAACUAUAUUAAACCAAAAUAUGGGAACAAAGCUGAACUAUUGUUUACAGAUACUGAUAGUUUGAUGUAUGAAAUUCGCACAAAAGACUUUUACAAGGAUAUCGCCCCUGAUAUAGAAGCUAAGUUUGACACAUCAGAUUACCCAAAAGAACAUCCUUCAGGAAUACUAACGGGCGUAAACAAAAAAGUGAUAGGGAUGUUCAAGGAUGAAGCAGCAGGGAAACAAAUAACACAUUUUAUUGGUCUUCGUCCAAAGCUUUAUAGCUAUAAAGUAGAAGAAGAAAAAGAAACUAAGAAGUGUAAGGGAAUAACAAAGACUGUGAUUGAAAAAGAAAUUAAAUUUGAAAAUUAUUAUAACUGCCUAUUCACGGGUGAGAAAGAAAUGCGGAGUAUGAAGGUAAUUCAGUCAGAUAAACAUGACAUAUUUUCAAAAGAGGUAAAUAAGAUAGCUUUAUCAAGGGAUGACGACAAACGAAUUGUCUUAGAUGAUCAAAUUCAUACUCUCGCAAUAAGAUAA